CUGAGUCGGACAGCUCACUGCGCUGGACCGUGCUCUCUGUCUAUUAUUUGGUGCCCAGGAUUUGAACUGUUUGUUGUUUUAUUUCCUUCCCAUUAUUUAUUAUUUUCUAUGCUCUGUUUCCGGCGGCCGCUGCCCGGGGGAUCGUGAUGUAUAACCUGCGGACUCCGGAGGGCUAGCUCGGGGUGGCUGAGAGUUGCCCGGUUAGGCUUGGGAUGGCCCUGGAGGACUCGCUGGAGGAUUUCCGCAGCCGCUGGAGAGCAGAGAUCCGCGGGGCCCCCCGAGCUGCACGGAAACGGCCCCUGGCGGAGGAGAGCCCGGAGAGUCCGGCUGGAGAUGGGGAGAGGAUCCCGGGGUCCCCGCGCAGUGAGGGAGAGGGCCAGCUCAGCCGGUGCCUGGAGUUCGCAGAGAGACUCUUACAGCCCAGUCUAACCCCGGAGAGUAAGCGGCCCAGCCCCCCACCGAGGGACCCUAACUUAGUGGAGCAGCUCAUCAAUGACUUGAAUGAAAUAAAUGAGAUUCCGUUCUUUGACAUCCAGUUACCCUAUGAGAUCGCAUUGCUCAUAUUUCAGUACCUGGGCAGAACGGAUCUUGGAAGGUGUGCACAGGUAAGCAAGACAUGGAGGGUUCUUGCAGAAGACGAGGUGCUCUGGCACCGGCUGUGCCAAAUGGAAGGCUAUCUCACUGAUAGUGAAGUCACAGACUGCACAUCUUGGAAGGGAGCGCUGAAAGCGAGUCGGACGAAAGAGAGCCUACUGAGAACAAACUGGAAGAACCGCAUCGGUGCUGUGGGCCAGCUUCACUAUGAACUGGGGAAAGUCCUGUGUGAUAUUCACUCUUCAGAUGGAGUUGUGCUAGCUGGGUAUACUUCAGGAGACGUCCGUCUUUGGGACACCCGUGCUUCAGACCAUGCAACAUCAUCUCUGAAAACCACCAGAGUUAUUACUGAUGUUGGGUCUAACCUUCAAGUUUCUUUUGUUCAGAUAAAUGCAUGCUUGGCUGUUGCAGCAUAUGAGGAUGGCACUGUUGAUGUUUGGAGCCUUCUGAUUGGUCGGGAACCUAUCCACCAUUAUCAACACAACCAAAAAAUCCAGGCUUUAGCCCUCUGCCCAGAAACGGCUGCCAUAGCAACAGCAUCCAGUUUCCAAAUCAAAGUGGAAUGUCCUGAUGAGCGAGGGUAUUGGAGAAGCACCUGCAACUUUCAGACCCAGAAGCUGGUAAAUUUCCUUCACUUGGUACAAGAUACUGGAGGUUGCCCUGUUGCCAUAGCUGCUGCCGAGGAAAUAGUUUAUCUGUUAAAGGCAGAAGAGACUGAAAAAAUACUGCACUCUGCUUACGGACAGCCAGUGACCUGCUUGGAUGUCUCUCUUACUCAAGCAGCAUUCGGUGUAAAAAGCUUUGGCUGGUUUGCAAAUAAUGGCAAUAAGAUUCAUGUAUAUAACCUGCAGACAGCUCAGAGCAUCACAACACUGGGAAACUCAACUGGGGACUUUACAUGCAUUGGUCUGAAAGACAGUCCACCUCAUCUUUUGGUUACAGGAAACCGGGAUAGGAGGGUGCGUGUCUACGACAUGCGGUGUAGCAGGUCUCUCUGUUCACUGUAUGCUCACCACUUGGGAGUCUCAGCUGUUCGUAUGGAUGACUGGAAAGUAGUUUCUGGAGGAGAAGAGGGUUUGACCUGUGUAUGGGACCAGAGAAUGGGGACCAAGUUAUGGGAGAUGCACGCCAGACACCCUGUCCGCUACGUCUGGUUCAACUCCCACAGCUUAAUUACAGCAAACAUUCCGGAUGAUAAGAAUCCUCGUGGGGCUAGCAUCAUGGAUGAUGAUCUUACAGCUCACCGCAGACACCGUGGCACCAUCAAUGUAUAUAAUUUUUCCAUGGAUCAGACAUCUGUUGAAAGCAUCCUUCCAAUCUGUCGCUCCUCCUACAGUGAGAUGACUGGAUACAACUAUAACAUUGGACUGGCAGUGCCGUAUGACAAUGUGUAGAUGUGCUUCUCACCUCAAAGACACAAACUGAAGUCUGACCGAUGACCAGCUAGUUGCACAACAAUCUCCUCAUUAUUUGGGAAUAUUCUAGUCCAAAAUAAAACUCAGGGAAACUGGAUACACCUUCUUAUCCCAAAAUGAAACCAGGGAAGAGAUUGCAAAUAUUACAAUAUUUACAGCAAAAACAAACAAAAACAGUACUUUGUAUCUAUUUGACAGCAGCAGUUAUACCUAGUUUCAAGAAUGUAUUCAGGGAAUAUGAUAACCGAAAACAAUUUAGAACGUUUAGUUUACGGAGGCAGUUCUGGUGUAUAUAUAUUGAAUUAAAUCUUGCAAAUUACGUUUUUAAUUCAUCACAAUUCAAAGUUCAGUGAAUGAGUCCUUAAGUCUUGUUUUUAACAAAUGGACGAAGCUUGAUAUUGUCUAUAGAUGGAGACUUGAGAUACCCUACUUUUUUAUUUUGAUUGCAGCCUGCAGUAACAGAAGUGACAGAAGUGAAGAUUCAGAGACGUGUUGUGUACACAAUGAUUAGCAGCUUUCUGUUACAAUCAGAAAUAUAAACUGGCAGCCUCAAAUGUCAUCUAAUAAUUGCGCCUGGCAUCACUGUGUUCCCAGGUGUGGUGUUAGUGACCUUUAUUUGUUUUUCUACAGAUUUAAUGUAAUAGAACAAGAAAGGAUGUAGACAAACUUUAUUUGUAUUUUGAUCUCACCCGUACUUACUGUUUUUAAACACAAGAAACAAAAAAAGUCUAUUGUU